AUGCAGUCUGGCGACCCGAUGCAGCACCCCGCGAGUUGUUUGCGUGACCAGAGCCCGUCACAGAAAAAUAUGGCAUCUCCUCAAGAACGUGCUAGUCCAAUGAACGUCAUCAAUGAAGUUGAAGCUGAGAAUGUUGUAGAAGAUGUUCCCAAUCUUGGAGAUCAAGAACUGGACAGUGCAGAUGAGGUUGAGGAGUUAGGGGAGAACUCGGCUGAAAUGGCUGAACAAGUUGAUGCUCUAGAUGCGUUCAAAACGAAGAAGAGGGCAAAAACAUCCAAGGCAUGGGAUGACUUCGAAAUAGUAGAUGAUGGUCUUGAUAAGUUUUGUGAGUGUAAGCAUUGCAAGACCAAAUUUAAGAAAACCAAGACAAGCACAACAAUAAGUAUGCUGAGGCAUUUGAAGAACAUUCGACAUGGCCGCCACGAGAGAAUCUGCCGCCGAAUGGGUACUUAUGAACGAGCAUCCCUUUUCAAUUGUCGAGGAAGAGGGCCUUAA